GUGACCUACCUACUGAAAGUUUAUACUCGAUUCAAAUUCUGGAAAGAAACGAAGUUUACUGUAUCAUCAAAAAUGGCGAAAGGUAUCCUGAUUUAUUUUGUCGUCAAUAUUUUGGCGCUUACUGCUAGAUAUAUUUUUGUGGAGGCUGAUACAUGUGAUGGCAGUGGUCAGCCAUUCGAUCGCGAGGCGAAUUCAGCCAACUGCACUGAGUUUUUUGUCUGUGGGACCACACCUAACGUUUAUAGUACUGAAGAAUGCCAUCAUGGCACUGGAUUCAACCUCGAAACUAAAACUUGCUCGUGGCGGACUAGUACAGGUGCUACAACAUGUUUUGUACAAAAUGGUCCUGAUAAAUGUGAGAACAAACCCGGUACAAUCUUAGACAAAAUGAGGGAUCAGUGUGUACCAGAAUUCACCAUUGUCGAAUUAACAGACGGAGCAAGACCAGAUUGUACCCUUGACCAAACUAACAAAAAUAAAUACGGUGGAAAGUUCGUGGCAGACCCCACAAAUUGCGCUGGAUAUUACCUGUGUCAAGAUGGCGAACGUUAUAAAGGUUCUUGUGAUGCGAAAAUCUACAAUUUCGACCCAGUCCAACAGCGUUGCACCUAUAAAGAGAAUUUGCCAUGCUCCGUUGAAGGUAGUUCUCCUAGUACCAUUUGUCAAGGAAAAAAAGCUGGAACAUUUGUUGAAGAUCCAGAUAUAUGUACCGCUUACUAUCUCUGCAAUGGAGGCACAGCUGGAGAGCAGCACUUUUGCAAAGCUGGUUUGUAUUUUGACGAUGGGAAAUGUGUUUCACAACGCCCAAGUCGUUGUACCUGCGAAGAUUGGAGUAAAAUUCUUUCGGGUAAAUUUCCACAUGCUGAGAAAAAUAAAUACUGGGAGUGUAAGGAUGGCAUGCGCCAGGAGAAGACAUGUAUGCCGGGUACAAUUUGGAGCCAGGACGAUGAAAGUUGCGUUGCUACAUCGUAAAUAUGAACCGCUUCUUUUAAAUGAUGACUAAAUGUAAUUUUUUUUAAUUGGAAUAAAGUCCUGGUGAAACCAGUCUUAAUAUUUUGGAAA